AACAUCUUGGUUUAUUGGUCCGUGGCCACGGGUAGGUGGAACGUAACUUCCGGUAUUUUGGCAAAUCUAGAAAAGCAAGCAUGGGCAUCAACUUGGGAGACGAAUUUCCAAAUUUCAAGGCUGAGACAAGUCAAGGUGAUAUCCAAUUUCACGACUGGAUUGGAGAUAGUUGGACAAUUCUUUUUUCCCAUCCUGCAGAUUAUACCCCUGUUUGUACAACUGAACUUGGAGCAGUGAUAAAGCUUGUUCCCGAGUUUAAGAAAAGAAAUGUCAAACUGAUUGCUCUAUCAUGUGACUCAGUGGAAGAUCAUCUUGGAUGGUCUAAGGAUAUCCAGAGCUACCAAAAAUGUGGUGGUGACUUUCCCUACCCUAUCAUUGCUGACAAGGAGAGAAAGUUAGCAGUACAGCUUGGUAUGUUAGAUCCAGUAGAGAAAGACAAGGCUGGAUUACCACUCACAUGUAGAGCUUAUUUCAUCAUUGGACCUGACAAGAAGUUGAAGCUGUCUGCUUUGUACCCAGCUACUACUGGUCGUAACUUUGAUGAGAUACUAAGAGUUAUCGAUUCUCUACAGUUAACAGCUACCAAGAAAGUGGCAACACCAGCAAAUUGGCAGCAAGGAGGAGAAUGCAUGGUUAUCCCAAGUGUUACACCAGAAGAAGCUGCAAAACUUUUUCCAAAACAUAGAGUGCAGGAUGUGCCAUCUGGGAAAAGUUACCUUAGAUUUACACCUCAGCCAUAAUGAGUGUGUACAAAGAUCACAUAUAUAACUUGCAAAUGACAGUUUUUUUAUAUCAAAAUUAUUGUUUAUUUCAUUUAAUUACUAGAGGAUCUUUUAAGUGGUAACUAAAAUAGCCUUCUAGUAUUGUAAAGGGUUAUAUUUAUUUGUUUAAAUGUAUAAGAAAACUUUUUCUCUAUUCAAAGUUUUUUUUUCAAUACAUUUAAGAAGGAAAAGUUAAAUAUAUUAAAUUUUGUUUAAAAAAAAGGGCAAUAUUUUUUUUUGAAUGUUUUAUGCGUUUGAUUAUUUUAGAUAUUUUUUUCAGCCUUGGAACUUUUUAUUUCACUGGUUGUUAAGACAGCAUUGCAAAAAGGGUGUGGAAUGUUGAUGGCUAUUGUUGAAAUACUAACAUUACUAUAAGUGCUAUUACUGUGCCGUGUAUAAUGAAUUCUACAUCAUGUUUAUGAUAACAAUUAUAUUUAAUAAUAAAAAGAAAUAAAAUAUAUCAGUUUGUCUAUUCUGAUAUCAGUUUAUUCA